AUUUUAAUUACUGUUUUCGAUUUUUUUAAAGAAAAUGAAAUUUACUAAAUGGAAAAUGUUUAUGAUUGAGUCUUUAGUAAUUAUUAAUUUGGCAACAUCGAUAUGUUCAUUUGAUGUAUUCCGGGAAUACCUUUGUUGUUCGUCUCUUUUUAACAAACGUAAUACUAGAUUUAUCUAUCCUUGUUUUUAUGACAUUUCUUCAAAUGUAUGUAUAUCAGACAAAAUCAGGAACAGACCAGCAUUUUGAUGAUUUUUGACGGAUAGUAAAUUUUCUCAAGGUGUUUUCAGUUUUUUCUUAAUUUUUUUGAGUUUAGGAUUGCUAAAGAUUUGCUGUUGGACAUGGUUGAUAAAUUAGGAAGUCCUACAUAAAUAGUUCACCUUAUAUGGUUAUUUAAUUUAUUGCUGACUGAAUGGUUUAUGCUCUGGUUAUUGUUUUACGGUCUGCUUUUGUAAAGUAACGUCUUUUUUACAAUUACAAUAAUGAGAAAGGCUCUUCCUGAUCAAAUUGAGAUGAAUCAUCAGUGUUACUUGUGAAAAACAAUACUCCCAUUUUGAGUAUACAAGGACUAAUAUUUAUUCAUUAUUAUGUCUAUUGCAGUUAAUAGUGAAGCUAAUGCUCGAAGAAUAGCGAUGGUGGAGAGCUGCUUUGGUAGCUCUGGUCAGCCUUUAGGAGUCCCUGGUAGAGUGUUAGUUGGUGAAGGUGUUUUAACAAAAAUGUGUCGAAAAAAACCAAAAACCAGGCAAUUUUUCCUAUUUAAUGAUAUAUUGGUUUAUGGAAACAUUAUUAUUAAUAAAAAGAAAUACAACAAACAACAUAUCAUUCCCUUAGAAGAAGUUAAAUUAGAAAGUCUAGAAGACGAUUCACAGUACAAAAAUGGUUGGUUAAUAAGAACUGCCUCUAAAUCAUUUGCUGUAUAUGCUGCCACAGCAGUAGAAAAGGGAGAAUGGAUGGCACACAUAAAUAAAUGCAUUGAUGAUUUAUUAAGAAAAAGUGGGAAAAAAGCUGUGGCAGUUCAUGCGGCUGUUUGGGUGCCUGAUGGGGAAGCACCUGUAUGUAUGCAUUGCAAUAAAUCUCAAUUUACACUAAUAAAUAGAAGGCACCAUUGCCGUAAAUGUGGAGCAGUAGUAUGUGGACCUUGCUCAAAUAAGCGUUUUCUACUACCGAAUCAAAGUUCAAAACCCCUUAGAGUUUGCCUUCAUUGUUAUGAUGUCUUGACUACAACGAAGAAUCACAAUUCUAAUGAUUCCUCAAUAAGAGGAACAAAUGCAGAAUCAUCAGGAGAAGAAGAUUCUGAUGAUGAUGAAGAUGAGAAAAAUAAGGGACAACCCGAAGCUCAUGAUCUGCCAAAAUUCUAUGGAGACACUGAAAAACCUGAAUAAUCUGUCCGAAACUCUGCACUUCCGUUUCUUUUCAUUUAUGUUGGGUUCGUAUUAGCUGAAGGUAAAAUAAUUUUAAUUUUGAAAUAAUGUCUAUUUUUAAUAUAAACUCACAUGUUAUUACAAUCAAUUAUUGUGUACAUCAUUUUAUAAACAGAUACGUAGGUGUUAAGAAUAGAUUGUCUAUUAUUAAUAUAAGGAACAUUAUUUAUUGUGUGGGGUGCUAAGAAUGGUUAAGAUUUUUGCAGAAUGAUCUUUUUGCUAAGAGAAGUGUCAAUAAUCUUUUUUAUACAAGCCUGUAUAAAUUUAAAUAAAAUAUUUUGUAUUUUUUAAAUGUAUAUAUUGUAAUAAAUAUAUCUAAUAUUUAUUAAAACAUUUAUAAAAGCUAAUUUUAAUUGGCGUUGUCAGUGCACUUAAUCACUCUUAUGGUUUACCUGUUAUGUAUUGUUUGUUAGUGACUGAUAUUUUUUAUAAGUGAAUAAAAGAGAUUGAUUUCACCCUACUUUUAAGUAACAAUUAUAAAAAUUCCUUGUUUGCUUAAUUUGUAUUUGUUUCAUUGUAUUUUGCUUCUCUAAAAACUCAUCAUAGAAGGACUACAUAAAUUUUACGUUUUUUAACCAGUUUAAUAUUAGUUAAAAAUGAUUUAUGGUGUGAAAGUUGACACCACUACUAUACAACAGAAAGACGAAUUUGCCGAUCGUGAUUUGUCUGUAAGACAAGCGAAUUCUUUUAUCUGUCAGAAGGUUUCAACUUACUGGAGCUUCCUUCUAUUUUGUCAUUUGGAAUCGGGAUAUUAAGGGCCGUUUGCACCGCUUCUAUUUACGACUUAGCUAUGGGGUUAGCUAUAGGAAAGGAGGACAAUAUCAUAUGGCUGUUUAUCUCUAAAAGUGUCCACCAAAAACCAUGAAAUAUUUCAGAAAGUGGCCAGAAUGGCGUUUGUGUACUAGAAGAGCAAGAUCCAAUGAUAUAUAGUUAUAUAGAUUGCUCAUUCAUAUAUAAAUCAGACGACGAGAACCGGGUUUCUAUUUAAUUAUUGUAGAUUUUCUUCAUUUCUACUCCUUAUACAGCUGUUCCUCUAGAUCAGCCAUACUCAACCGGGCCACAUGCGGCCCUCCAAGCCUUUUUGCAGCCCAAAACACUAAUAAUAAGAAGGAUCUUCUUAAAACUAUAGAUUUUUGACAUUUUAAGCAAAAUGCGCGAAAACAUUCAUCAGUCGCUUGCGCUAAAUAUCACGUUAUUUUUUAAAUAAACGUUUGUAAGAACAAGUUAGCUCCACUUUCGGCAUUUUCGAGUUGAGUACACUUUUGUCUCCAAAGUAGUUCAAAUAAUAUAAGGCAUAAACAAGUAUAAACGAAGUCUGCAUUCAUGAUAAACAGAUGGUCAACAAAAACUAACUCCUUAUUAAUAUAUUCACAAUUAGCACAAACAAUGGCAUUUAUACAGAAAUAUAAUCAUAACAUUGUAUUCAGUCCAAAAAAAAAAAAAGAUAAGAGACAAAUUAUUUUUUCCUAAAACAAGAUAAAGGACAACACUUAUUUUUGAUUAAUGUAUUCUUUGAAAUACUUCAACAUUUUGCCCAAGCCAUUUGUUUUGUUUUGCCUAGAGCCGUCUCUGCUCUUUCUUGAUUGGUCCGAGACGUCGACAAAGUGAUUAUGUUAUGUCACCCUCUUUUUCCAUGAUACUGCUAACCUUUCAAAACCAAUAGAUGAUAUAUAACACAUAAUGCCCGAAUCGCCGUAGUGAUUGAUUGAUUGGUCAAGCCGUAACGAGUGAUUGGUCAAGCUGUAACGAGCGUGGAUGCUGACCCUCGCCUCCAUAUUGUUUUUGUGUUAAAACGACCAGUAGCAAUUCUUAAAUCACCGAAACACCAGCUUUUUGCAUUGCUUGAAAAACUCAAGCCAUACUUGCAGAGGGGUGCCUGAAAGGGUAAACCUCUGAAAAUACAAAAAGUGCAAGACAUUAAUAAUGCCAAGAAGAAAGGUUUACUAAAACUUUGCAACUCAGGUGCUAUACCUGAUGAAUUUCACCAUUAUUAUCACAAUCCUGUAUCCAAUAAUGUUAAAGACACGGUACCUGAACCUUCCAUUGAAGAUAGUGACACAGACAUUGAAUAUUAUGACGUGUAUGUAGACAACCAAAAUUAUCAAAGUGACGUUUCUUUUUUUUAUUUUUUUCUUUUUCUCUUUUUUUUUGUGUUUUUUUUUUUGUUACAAAUCAACAGAUUCUUAGUUUAUACUUUGUGAAGACUAAUUAUGUUUUAAAUACAUUUUUUUCAUUGGAGUUAUUGAUUAUUAAACAAUUUAAAGCUAUUACUGAUUUUUUAUUCAAUUUUAAACUUUUGAAAAGUGUUUUCUUGAAACUCUAAAAAUGUGAGUUAUCUUGUUUUAGUAAUAGGAUAUAGGUUUUUGUCCGAUAGGAUAUAUUUAUGUUUUGUAUUUUAUUUAUUAGAGAUUUCCACCAACUAAUUUUAAAGGGAUGGCAUAAAUAAAGCGUCAUCAUAAAAAAAUAUUGUGGCCCGUGUAACAUAGCAAACUUAUGUAUGUGGCCCGAAGAAAAAAAAGGUUGAAUAUGGCUGCUCUAGAUACAUGCAAUUGAUGUAAAUGUUCAUUUGUUGGUAAAGCUUCUUCAUAUAGCUUAUUUUUACUGCCUUGAAAUGAAGCUGACAAAUAUAAUCUAAAUCCAUGCUUAAAGACAUUGGCAAUUUUGAUGUCUUUACAACAAUAAAAACAAAAUUAUGAAAUUUUAAACUCAUAAAAUAUUUAUUUAGAAACCAUUCACUAAUUGAUAGUUCAUAAAUUUUAAUAACUAAAUUAAUUUACUAAAGGAAAAUUAACACUCUUUCAAAUUUAAUACAAAUAAUAAAAAAAAUUAUACAUACCGUGACUUGUAAAAAACGACUGCCGUAUAUCUUUUUUAUUUUUUGAACAGCUUUUGAUUGCACACGUUUUCACAAUUUUAAUAUAAGAAUAUAUUAUUACAAUAAAAUUUGACUAUUGUCGUCUAUUAUCAAAAUUUCCCUAUGAUUAUAAGCUCGGUCUUUUUUCACAGUGCAGUUUUUAUGUUAUACCCUCUUAUUUACAUAUAGGUGAGCAAUCUAUAUAAACUAUUAUUGGUGUGAUUGUGUAAUCUGAAUUAUCGACUAUCGCAACUUUCGGCGCUUUCAAACGCCAUUUUGGUACAGUAACGCCAUCUUAAUUUCUUACAUUUUAAAGGGACUCCAUAAACUUAGCUAAGAUAUCUUGACUUAAAGUAGUAUGGUUUUCAGAAGUUUCAAUUAGCAAAAUCUUUGUUGGGUUGGAGUACAUCUUGAUAGCAGGGUAAAAUUUUAGAAUUUUUUUAUUAUUACUAAAUAAUUGUUAUUUGUUUUAAUAAAAUUUAUGUUGCAUUUUAUAAUUUCAACUGAUUUCAAUUUUGGUUGUGAUUUGUUACUUUAUCAGUUUAACUUCAAGAUGAAAUGUACCUAUCGAAAGAAAAACAAAAUUAAAAAAUUAAAAGGAAAGUGCUCCGAAUUAAAACUUUGAAAAUACUGUGCUAUGUAAUAAAUCUGUCGGGUAUUAAAAAAAAAUUAUCUCAUCUAAAUCAUCACUAAUCAUGGAACAGAUUUUCUAAAAAAAUUCUAAAAAAUUGAAACAAAAACGUCGAUUAAAAAAAAAAUAAAAUAAUGAAAUCUUACCAUGCAUUUAUAAUUAUUUUAUUUUUUAUUACUUGAUGUAUUUGUCAGUUUGAGGUUAGGUUAAUGCAAAUUAGAACUUAAACUGACGAUACCUUCGACUUAGUUUCACUACUACUACUUAAGUAGAAUUUAAGUCAUUUGCGUUGUGGCCAGGGAGCCAAAUAUGUAACUUAAGUGCCACUUAAAGUUAAGGUUCACCUAAGAAGUGGCGCAAACGGCCUUAACAGGUCUAAAUUCUGCCAAAAUUAUAGGAAAUUUAUGAGUCUAGGAACUUGAGCUUAUACAUUUACAGAAAUAGAAACAUGUUUAUAUUUUCCUUAAACGGAUUUAUAACAUCCGAACCACAAAAAAUGUUUCUAAGGUAGCCUAUGACCGACAAAGAUAGAGAUACGAGACAUGUGAUAACUAGAUGCCUCUGAUUUAAAUCCAAAUUUAUCAUUUUGAAAAGAAGAAUGAUACGCUCCGACAUGCGUUACGUUUUCCAUGCCCUACUUUAGAAAUAUUUUGGAUCACUCCAUAUAAAUUGAAUGAACCGUCUUUUGAAGAAUGUUCCGAGCCUUCUCAAAACUUCUUGGUGUGGAACCCAAUAAAUAGUAAAAUAAUUCUUACCGCCCGAUUCACAAAAGGAUCUCUAAAUGUAGAUACCUGUAAAAUACAGAUGGGUAAACUUUAAUGAAUCUCUAAUAAAGUUGGGAGAUAUUUCACUGACUGUUAUUUAAUUAGUGAUAGUUAAAAAUAUUGAUAAGUUGACAUUGUUCCAUCGAUUUUAUAGAUGUUUUUCAGACAAAUAUCGAAUUUAUUAAUGAUUUGAAGAAACAUAACCUCAUUUAUUUGAAUUGACGUUUCUAUCUUUAAGGACCUGCAGGUAGGUAAAUAUUUAAAAAUGGAUCAGGUACAUACGUGCCUAGAUUAUAUACCUAGGCGGGAAAUGUACACUUUUCGCCAAGAUUUGUAUACUAUUUAAUUUUAAAUCGUAAUUAAAAAAAUAUAUGUUUAUUGCUGCUAUGUAUAUAAAAAUACUCUCACUGAGUUGGCUGUGAAAACAACACACUUUGACAUUGAGAGGUAGCCUGACAUUUUUUAAUGUUACUUGACCAAUUUUGAUCUGUGAAUUUAACAAAGAAUAAGUGGAAAAUUAGCCAAUUAACCACAAAACAUGACCGGUUUGGGACGAUUUGUGAUAUUUUCUAUGUAUCGGCUUGUGUUCUUAUGAUAGGUACGGAGAAUUCGUUCCCGACUAUGGGAUGGGAAGUGACAUUGAAAUGUUACUUUCCACCUAGGGACCUAAAACUCGUAAUGGCCUACUUUCCUGAUUUUAAAUAGUUUUGAAUUUAGGUUAUUACAAAAUAUAUGAUUGUAAAUAAAAUAUUUUUUUAAACCUUAUUCUACUACUUUUGAAAAACGUUAAGCUCUUUUAUGAAGUAUUUCAAUAUUUUUCCUAUAAUAUUUAAAAAUUGCAAUUUGUAAGUCAAUAAACUUAAACGGUUAUAUAAAAGUUAAAAACAAAAUAUGGAUAAGUUUCAAAUUUUUUACCCUCACGUUAAAUUUGGUCACAAUCUAAUUAUGUAUUUCUAUAUUUAUAGUUAGAGGAUGCAACAUAGAACCUUAAAAUAAAAAAAAAUGUAUAUAAAAAAUGAACCAUCAUCUCGAAUUACAUUAAAAAGUAUUAAUCCUUAAUCAUUUUUGGUUUUUUAGUUAUUUUUGAUGAAUUUUUAGUGAAGCAAAAUUUAUAUUUCAUAUAUUUCAACAGAUUAGUUUCCAUUAUGAUAGGUCAGAUAUUAGCAUAAAACACGAAAAGAAAAAUAUUAAAUUUCUGCAGCUGUGAUAUGUGUUGGCCUACAUUUUACGAUGUUGUUUUAAAUGUUCAUACUUUUACCGGUGAAAUGAUUAGAAUGAUGAACAUUUAAAAUAAUAAUUUGUAUAAUAUAAAAUGAAUAUUUUUCUAUUUUGUGAAAUAUUACAUAAUUUCUAUUUUGACUUCACAGGAUUUUAUGUAUUCGUCACAUCAUUUUAUUGUAUUUGUUAUCGAUUAUUAGACACUAUUAAAUAUUUUAAAC